AUGACAAGCAUCGCUGCCGCCCUUCUGCUCUGUCGCAUGCGACGUCGUCGUCGUCAAAAGCGGUUGUUGCAAAUGCGUCUCGGUGGAAGUCUACGUGAGGGGAGUGCUAUUGAGUCCAGGGCCCUCAUCAAGCAUCAAUCGGAUGCAGCGUGGUACACCAUGUACGAGUCGCGCAGUAUUAUUGCCACGGUGUCGAUACCACCGGACGACUUUGAUGACCUGCUUCGUGUCUUUUCUGUCCACUACACAGUCUGUUCCAGACCUGGGCGUCGUGGAAGGCCGCCGAGAGUGCAACAGAAGCAUGCUGUCCUCGCAAUGCUCCUCCAUUAUUAUACGGCUGCUGUUGAGCACAAAACAUUACAAGAGCUUUUCGGUGUGUCGCCGACUACAUUCUCCCGUGUGUUGCGUCGAGCAGAAGUGGCGCUGGACCGUGCAUUGUCCCACAUGCAGGAUGCUGUUGUUCGCUGUCCAUCAAAGGCCUUGCAACGGGACUGGGCUAUCUUGACGAACGCAAAGGAACCCCUCGUGGAUGGUGUGUUUGCCUUUGUGGACGGCAAAAACUAUCGUGUGCAAAGUCCUUCCAACACAGACCUGCAAAAUGCCCAUUACAACGGUAUGCUCACUGUGACUGAGUGUGCUAAUUGCUUUGAUAGGGUGGCUGCGUUGUUUUUAUGUGACGGGAUGUCUGUGUUUCGGUGUCGAUGGCACUUUGAUUUGGGCUCGCCACAACUGCCCAGGCUCAUGGAACGAUGGCGAGGUCAGCCGUCACCUCCAAGCACGUGUGUCUGA